UGUUUGGUAGUUACAUGAGGAAGAAGACUUGUGGACGUUUCUAUGAAGGGGACAGCGCGAGGGUUUUAUAAUUACUGCUGCACGCGCUGCUGUCAGGACCGGAAGAAAGUGAUGGGAUCCGUCUGACGUCACAUGUUAAAGGCCUCCUGAGCAGACACACCCUGUCUCAGCUGCAUAUUCACCUGCUGUCUCCUCACCUCCCCUCACUCUGUCAGUGGGUCACUGCACGCCAAUGACAACUGUAGCAGUCCUUGGAGGGGGGAUAGGGGGGUUGGCAGCGUCUUACUACCUUUGCAAGAGCCCCCAGGUUACCAAGGUCAUACUAGUGGAGGCCAGCAGCCGUUUUGGAGGUUGGCUGUGGUCCACCAGGAGGGCGGAUGGAGCCGUGUUUGAACAUGGACCUAGAGGGAUUCGACCUGCUGGGGCGGUUGGACGCAACACGCUCAACAUGAUGGAUGACCUGGGUCUUGCGGGGGAGAUUCUUCCAGUCACCUCCAGUCACGUUGCCUCCAAGAACAGAUUUCUGUACGUGAAGGGACAGCUCCACAAGAUGCCCUCAGGAAUAAGUGGACUUUUGCGGACAGUCCCGCCCUUCUCUCGUCCCCUCCUGUUGAGCGUCGCCAUGGAGAUACUGGUGAAAAAAAGCAAGGAGGACGAUGAAUCUAUCCAUUCAUUUGUUACUCGGAGGCUUGGAAGGGAGCUGGCAGACAUUGCUGUGGACAGUUUGUGUCGUGGUGUGUUUGCAGGGGACUGCAGGCAGUUGAGUGUGCGCUCUUGUUUUCCUCCGCUCUACAAGGCAGAGCAGAGUAGAGGUUCCCUGACACUAGGCAUGCUGCUGGGCUCAGGUCCCACUCCUGUGGUCCCCCCUGGCCCACUGGCUGAGAGAUCUAUUAAAGAGUCGUGGGCCCAGUGGUCCCUGAGAAGAGGAGUGGAGACCCUCCCUGAAUCCAUCACAGACUACCUUCAACAAAGCGGGAGAGUAGAGCUUCACAGAGACGCAGCUGUUAGACACAUCAGUCCCUCACACUCUGGCUGGAAGAUCACUUUGGAGGAUGGAGUCAUAUCAGCCGAUCACAUCAUCUCUGCUAUGCCUGCUAAAGCCCUUUCGUCAGCCCUGCCUUCCUCCUGUCAACCUCUCAUCCAGGAGCUGCAGGACAUCGCCAUGGUAACAGUUGCUGUGGUAAAUCUGGAGUAUGACGGUUCCAUCUUGCCCGUAAUGGGUUUUGGUCACCUGGUUCCAUCCUCAGAGGAUCGGGGUUUGCUCGGGGUCGUCUAUGACUCUGUUCCCUUCCCUGAACACAACAGACCUGAAGGACAGACGACAAGACUGACGGUGAUGAUGGGCGGGGCCUGGUUCCAGGAAGAGUUCGGGGCCCCAGACACAGUGACAGAGGAGCGUCUUUUAGCGAGAGCCACAGAGGCGGUGCACUGUCACCUGGGAGUCACCGCAGCACCCAGGUGGAGUUGGGUGGCUCUACAAAGGGACUGUAUACCUCAGUACUAUGAAGGACACUACCGGAGAGUUGAGUCCAUGCGUAGCUUCGUAAGGAAGAAUAAUCUCUCGCUGUCUCUGAUUGGUUCCUGCUACGAUGGCGUGUCAGUGAAUGAUGUCAUCUUCAGUGGACGGACCGCUGUGGAGGAGUUGUUGGGGACUCAGGUUUGAUGCCGUAGGCAGCACCUCACCAGGUGGAUGCUUUGUGCAGUGGGCAGACAGCCAUUAUCACUCACAUGCCAGCAUCCAUCAUCUUCCUACCCAUAAUGCCUUCUGCCUGUCAGGGGCUGCAUUCUUCGUAUGCUGCAUUUUUAAGACCUUUUGCGUCUCAGCAGCGCAACAAGACAGUCCCAUUUCAAAGGCUCCUCAGAAUGCAGCCGACAAAUGCUUCCUGCGAUUCCCUAGAAACAAAACGGCCAAGGUGUGCAUUCUCCCCAGUCAAACCUAUCCCUGGAUGCAUUGCGCUUCAGUGACAAACAGUUUUUCAAAGAGGUGAUGGCUACUACAAGCAGCAAAACAUCCAACACUUGAGUAUCAUGCUUCAACUUAACCUAACAGCUAAUGCUACACACAGCAAUAAGUCUCUUUAGACCAGACCUUCUCAUUUCGGGUCAGCCUUCACGGUCAACUUGUCUCAAGGAGGAGGUGGUCUUUGUGGGCUGGGCAGACCGCGUCCUCAGAAGGACACAGCCCCUAAUUGAGACACAGCUUGUUGUAUGUCUUAUAAGCAUCAUGACUUGUCAGUAAAGACACUUAAAUAAAAAGUCCUAUUUCUCCAGUACCCCUGUGUAUAAGAUUGUAUUUUAAUACUGCAGUUUCCAAAUAAAAGGACAGGUUGUUUAAUACAUGCAUUGUGACGGCCGAGCACCAGUUUCUGUUCCUGGCCUUAUUCUACUCAUCAUGAGUUUUUAUUUAUGUGUUGAAUCAUCUUUAUUGCGUCCCAGUACGUCUGAUUUACCUACUGAUGUGACUUGCACUUUAAAUAAAGCCUUGUUGGUACUAAAAGCUAUUAUUUAUAAUUGCUGUCACCAUGUGAUUU